AUCUCUAGCGUUGAAUCGACAUAGACGUUGAUUUCUUUGUCAAAGUGUAUAGCAUUAUUUAGUAUUAAAGUGCGCCAUCUUGGAUUUAAAGAAAUAUAAAAGAAAGUUUUUGUAAGAAAAAAUUUGUUCAACCAUAAGUUUAAAUAAAUAAUAAUAAUUUUACAUUCAGAUUGUUUAAGAAUUGCUUUCUAAUUCUACCACAAGCACAAGCAACUUAAAGUCCCAAUAUAUUUAAUUGAAAUUCAUCUAAGUUAGACUUUUGGCUUUUUAAAUAUAAAAAAAAAUAUUGGCUAUGUCUCCAAGCGUAAAACAAGUACCAAACAACAAUAUGGCAUUCCGUGGUAACCAAAACCGUAAUCGCAGUUUCGGUGGCAACAAUUUCAGUGGCCCAAUUGCUAAUCGUAUGACUAACAUGAAUAUGUCGCCUUGGGAUAAUCAAAAUGCCGGUGGCAAUUUUGGUGGGAACAUGCGCCAAGGCGGUGGUGGCGGCCAAGGGAUGAAUGCCCAAGCUAUUAACUUGGCAAACAAUUUAUUAAGUAAUUUAUUCCGUAAUCAAAAUCCACCAUCCUUGUUGGACUUACCACGUGGUGGUGGUGGCAUGGGCAAUAGAAAUCAACGCGGUGGACCGAUGGUCAAUCGUGGUGGUGCUGGCAAUCGUCUUAAUAAUCGUCGUUCUCAAGGAGGUUUCCAAAAUCGUGGCUCUUCUGGUGCCAAAUCAGGCCAAAAACAAGGCGCUGGUGGCGGCAUUCGUAAACAGAAUGCAUUUGAUCGUGCCAAAAAACUUUUGGCUAAAAAUAGCAAUAAUAAAAAGAAGGAUUCCGCUUCUGGCGAUAAGAAAAAUGAGAGCAAGGAAUCUCCCUACGCCAGUGUACCAAAUGAUAUGUUUUACUGUCAUCUAUGCAAGAAGCACAUGUGGGAUGCCAAUUCAUUUGAGAAUCAUAUUAAAGGACGUACUCAUUUGAUGAUGCGUGAGGGUAUUGAGGAAAGUUAUCGUCUAAAGGCAAACAUGAUUCGUCAAGAAGCUAAAAUUGCUGAGCAACUCAAGUCUAUUGAAUUAGACCGUUUGAAGAGAAUGGGCAAGAGCAAGCAACGUCAAUUGGAAUACUGUACUAUGUGUGAUUUGAAUUUCCAUGGUCAUAUUUCAGCCCAUCGCAAAUCUGAGGGUCAUUUGCAAUUAAAGAAAUUCUUGCAUCCAAAGUGUGUUGAAUGUAACAAGGAAUUUGCUACACGUAUCGAUUAUGACUCACAUUUAUUGUCUGCCGAUCACUUGAAGAAAGCCGCUGAAAAGAAUACCAAAGUAGGUGAACGCAAACGCAACACUCUUACUAUUCAUACUGAAGAAGAGGAAUUGAAAGAUGUCCGUCCACCACAAAAGAAGAAGAAGAAGGUACCAGUUACUAAAACUGAGGGCGCUGAUGGUGUUGAGAUUAAAAAAGAAGUUGAAGAAGGGGCUGAAGGUGAAGAGGCUGAAGGCGAAGAUGCUGAGAAGAAAGAGGGUGAAGAAGGCGGUGAUGAAACUAAAGAAGGUGAAGAAAUGAAUGAAACUCAGGAAGAAGAAGAAGUCGUAUUACCAGUCGAUCCUGAAGAUUGUAUUGUUGAUUUUCUUGAUGGUGAUGAAAUUCCAUCAGAAGUUGAUACACGUUUACCAAAAUACAAUUGGACUCGCGCAGUUGGAGCUGGUCUAAUUUCCAAGCUUGAAUGUUUUGAAUGCGCUUUGUGCUGUAAAUUCUUCGAUACCGAAAAAACAGUUGAAGUUCAUUCCCGUACAGUUACACAUCAUCGCAAUUUCUUGAAAUUCAUUAAUGAGAAAGCAAGUGACACCAAAAUUGCUCAAAAACGUGCUGCUGCAGCUUUGGAAGAAAGUGAACGUAAGAAGCGUAAGUUGGAAGAAGCUGAAGCUGCUGCUGCUGGUGAAGGUGAAGGCGAAAAUGGUGAAGAAGCUGCUGCAGAAGGCGAAGGUGAAGGUGAAUUAUAUGAUCCAUCCGAAGCUACUGGCGAUGAUGAGGAUGUUGAAAUGGGAGAUAAUGGUGAAGAAGCCGCAGAGGGUGAAGAAGAAGGCGGUGAAGAGUAUGCUGAUGGUGGUGAAGACGAAAAUGGUGAUGCAAUGGACGCUCAAGAAGAAGAGCAACCUGAACCAGAACCCGAACCAGAGCCAGUCAAAGUUAAGGUUGAAGUAAAACAAGAACCCGUUAAGACUCCAGUAAAACCUGUUGUUGCUGCUACACCAACACCAACUCCACCAGCCGAAUCACCAGUAAAGAAAACCACACCUGCACGUGCAACACCAGCUGCUAAAGCGACGCCCCGCGGACGUCAACGUGGACGUUACAACCGUUAUUAAAUAACUUAAAAAUAAUUUUCAAAAUAAAUUAUAAAUAAAUAAAAUUAAUAAUAAUUUAAUAAAUAAAAUAAAUUACAAUUGCAACAUGACGCGAGUAUCUAUAUUCAGCAAAAAUUAAAGAAAUUUAUUUUAUUGUAUUAUCUACACAUAUAUAUAUCAUACAUUAUAACAAAAUUGAUCUACAAAAAUAUAUAUGUAAUCUUAAGUUCUAACUUAAUUAUAUUCCGCAUCAUUGCUACUAUAUUAAAUAGUGUAAUGAGUGAAUUAGACCCAAACUUCCAAAAAAUUAUAUUUCAAUUAUUUUGAAGUUAUUAAACAAUGAAUUAUAAAUAAAUUACACAAAUUCCAUAUGACAUAAUUUCUAUUAUUCCAACAUCCCAGUGUGAACUGAACAAAAACAUAAUUGUAUUACAUUAUAUACAGUAGUAAAUAAUGGGCAUGUAAUGGAAAUAAGAAUAAUAAAUUAAACAGUUCUAAUACA